AUGGACCUAAAUAGCCAUGCAAAUCCGACUAUUGUGCCGGCGAAGAGACGAAAGCCUCGUCCUAAGCUGUCCUGCGUUCCUUGUCGACAGAAAAAGCUGAAGUGCAAUCGCCUCCAUCCCUGUGAUAACUGCAUCAAGUACCGUCGGGCUUACUCGUGCCAUUACGUCGGUGCUCCGGGGAUCUCCAACCGGCAAGGCAUCCAGAGUCAUCUCCACGAUCUUGAGGCUCGUAUCCAGCAGCUGUCCGCCGUCGAUGCGCCAUCCCACCCGCAGCCAGAUCCUCAGACUGUGGCUUGGGAAGAACCAUCAGAACAGACAGACUUGCCCGGGACCAUGCUGAGAGAGCAUGACGGGACCAUCUAUCGGAAUCCAAAUCAUUGGCAGGCAUUGUUAAACGAGAUCGCAGAGGUGAAGGAAUAUCUGCAACUGACCACGGACACCUCGCCCGAGGAAGAGAAUGAGGAAGUUUCUUUAACUCCAGAUCUGUCCGGUCCGGUGCUUCUCUUCGCCAACUGCAUCUCCACCACCAAGGAUGAACUGCUCGCGGCGUUGCCGGUGCGGUCUGACGCCGACAGACUGGUCUCCGUCUACUUGAACUCCAAGGAAUCAACUCUUGUCAUUAUGCAUAUUCCGACCUUUGCGCGCGAGUAUGCUGGAUUUUGGAGGAACCCCAGCGACGUGACCAUCAGCUGGCUGGCCUAUCUGUUUGGCAUCCUCUGUGCCUGUACUGGAUUGCAUCUCUUCUCCACGUCCGGUCGAGCCGACGGGGAUCUGGCAGAGAAGUUUGAUGCAUACCAUCGACGGGCCUCGCAAUGCCUUGCCAUGUCGGUUUACACCACGCCAGGAAGGUACAAGUUGGAGGCGUUGAUCCUCAGUGUGGCCAGCGAGAUCCUGCGCAGUACCGAUACGCAUGUCGGUCCAUCGGCACUGCUGGGACUGGCUACCCGCCUGGCGCUACACAGUGGCUAUCACCGGGAUCCCAAGCACUUCCGGGGGAUUUCCGUGUUCGAAGGCGAGAUGCGGCGUCGCAUCUGGAUGUAUCUCUCGCUGCUGGACCAUUACAUCUCGCUGCAGGCCGGCCUGCCCCCCAGCACGAACCAGGUGCAAUCAGACACUGACGAGCCACGCAAUUUGACCGAUGAGGACUUGGAUCCAGCGGCGACUGCGCUGCCCCCUGCCCGGCCGUGGACUGAGAAAACCCCUAUCCUCUUCCCCGUCGUGCUUAAUCGCAUUAUGUUUGCCGCGGCGGAGAUCACCCGCCGCGUCUACUCCGUCAAGGGCAUUCCGUACCGGGAAGUGCUGCAUCUGGAUGCGAACCUGCACGAGCUGCAUGCCACCGUCCCUGUGUCGCUGCGAUUCCGACCGCUGGAGGAGUGCAUCGCCGACCCUCCCACCGCCAUCAUGGACCGGUAUAACGUCGAUCUGAUGUACCAGAAAGCACGUUGCGACCUGCAUCGGCGGUAUCUGGCCCACCAACGCUGGAACCCGACGUACGCGUACUCGCGCCGACAAUGUCUGGACGCCGCGCGGACGGUGCUGCGGCAUCAGUCCGAUAUCUUCGACGCCAGCGCGCCAGGCAGCCAGCUCGGUUGUACCUCCUUCUUCUUCUCCUCCUGCGUUGUCAUGCAUUUCCGCGUCGCCGCCAUGAUCAUCUCCCUGGAGAUAUCCUGCCAGUCGCGAUACGACCUAUUGCAAGAACUGUCCGCCAGCGAGCGGCAGACCAUCCUGGCAGACCGCCAGCAGCUGUGCCAGGAGCUGACACGGUCCUACGCCAUUUGGAACCAUUUGCGGCCGCAGUCCAAGGAAGCGGCCACAACUGCCGAUGCGCUACAGAUCAUGCUGAAGAUUGCCAACACGCACCUGCAGCAUGGGGCAACCUUGGGGCAGGACGAACCUUCGGUGCCCUCGACCGGAGCCGAUCUCAUGCCCGUGCCCAUACCCAUGCCUCCCAGCCCCACAGAUCCAGAUACUCCUGAUAGGAUCCACCAACAUGCUCCGGCUGAUGUGGACCUCAUGAACGCGAUAUUCUACCCGGGACCGGAUGAGUUGGUGCCGCCCAAGGACGUGCAAUUAGCCGGACCUACCGACGCGGUCGAUUUCUACGAUCGGUACUGGGAGAAUCUGUUGUUUCUGGGGGGUGAUCUGUCCUUUGGGGAGACUAAUUUGGAGGGUAUUCCGGGGAAUUCGGGAGACGUGCUUUAA